AUGAGUGAUGGCGGUCCUGAACCGGUGGACUCUGAAAUUGCUAUUACCAGGUCUCCUAAUUCACCUCCCCUCGUACGCUAUCCAGCGCCAUCACUGUAUGAAUAUAGGCAUGUGGGCCUGAUGGUUGAGAGUGUCUCAGGAUUGCUUAUUCCCAUGCUUUGUGUUUCAUAA